AUGGAAAGAUCAUAAUAGAGCAUAGAGGUUGGAGCUAUUAACACCAACGAUAAGGAAACUCCGGUCUAAUUCGAUAAACUUGUGGAAUAAUUCAAAGCUCAGUUCUACAAGGAUGAAUAUGAGAUCGGAGAGGCACUCUUAGAUCAUUUUGAAAACUUACUUCCUUUUUAGAAAGUACUCGAUAGAGAACAGAACCCCAUCGGCUCAGAUAAUGAUGAGGUGAAAGCUUUUCUUGAAUCAGAGGAAGUAAAAUGUAUUAGAGAGGAUAGAGAACUCUUCCAUUACUUCUUUGAGCAAAUAUAGCCUGAGACUCCAUGGACUAGCUAUUACGAUGAACCAACUAGAAAGAUCAAGUAUAAAUACGAAGAUGGACUCAGACUUGUAAGUUGUCUGUCAGAGGCAGUAAUCAAUUCUCCAUUAAUUAAUGUUCUUUCCUUGUUCGGCGAGAUAGACAUGUUCAAAGACUGGUUCCCCAAUGUGACUGAGUGUAAAAUAGUUAAUCAAGUCACGAACUACAGGGGACUGUUCAAAUGUAAGCAAACAAUGCCCUGGCCCGUAUGGCCAAGAGACAUGAUUUUCAAAGGGACAGGAAUGUUUGAUCGUAAAACAAAGUCUUGUCUUCUGGUAGUAAAGUCCAUUGAUGAGGACGUUCCUUACUUUGGAGUCCCUGCCCCCAAAACUGAGUAAGGGCACGUGAGAUUAGAUAUCAAGAGAGGUUAUCACUAUUUUUAGAAAAUAAGUGACACUUAAACUAGAUAUAUCGCACUUUUCAACUCAGACCCAAAGCUAACAUUCAUGCCUAACUGGUUUAUGAAUUUUAUGAUGACGAAGGUUUGUUAUUAGAUGCUUGAGAUCAUUGAGAAGAAGUCUAAAUAAGUACCAACUAACGAGUACAACCAGAGAAUCUUGAAGAGAUCAGAUCUCUAUGGCAAGAUUCAAAAGUAUUUAGACGAAAUCGAUGAGAAAGAGGAGGCUCCCUUGUCAGUAGAGGAUGUCUAGUAGAAUAAAUGA